AAGCACUCCAAGAGAUCCGACUCUCACCGUGGACCAACUAUAUCUGUUGUCUGUUGUUGCUCAAGACACGCGGCUCGAUGAAGCGCAAGCUGGGCGCAUUGGAGAAGGUGGAUGCGGAUCUGCCUAAUCUCCAGCACAAGAUACGUGCAGAUCCGCCAUCCUACCACGAUGACUUCCUCAACCAAUACUCGCAAUAUUCGUCCUUACAUGAGCUGUUCCUGCAAUCGCCUACAACCACCGACGACACCGGGAUAGUCAGAUUGCGCGAUUUGAUUGACUUCGUCAGCCAUGUUGCCGACUGCUACCCUGCGCUCACAGCCCGGUUUGCCACAGACCUCAUCCAUUUGCUUCAAGUCCAUCACGCCACACUGGACACUGAACUGCGCGACAAGAUCGUUGGAAGUCUAGUUCUGUUGCGCAAGAAGGAAUUGAUUGACAGUAAUGUCUUGCUGCAGACACUAUGGCCACUACUCAUCUCUACGCCAUCCAAGUCUUUACGUGCCCUGCUGUUUCAGAAGAUUGUGUCGGAUCUCCGAUCGUCUAACAGCAAAACGACGAACCACAAGCUCAACCGCAGUAUACAGACCACAUGCUACAAUCUGAUCGCCUCGGACCCGACUUCAGCCAAGGGUCUUUGGGCCGUCAAGCUGACUCGAGAAUUAUGGAAACGGCAAGUUUGGACUGACUCCAAAGCCGUCUCGAUCAUGGAGGCUGCAGCGCUGGGUCAGGACGCAAAGGUUGUCAGCGGUGGCGUUCGCUUCUUCCUUGGUGGCGACCAAGAACGCGAGGAAGCGGCCGAUGACGACAGCGACGAGGAUGAGGGCGUUGACAUGUCCAGAUUGCGGCAUCAAGCUGGCAUCAACAAGAAAACUGCCAAGCGCGACAAAGAUCUCAAGGCGGCGGCGGCCAAAGUCAAGCGGAAGGAGAAGAAAAAGAAUGCGCCGCACCCUUUGAACUUCAGCGCGCUGCAUCUGCUGCAUGAUCCGCAAGGCUUCGCGGAGAAGCUGUAUCAGCAACACUUGCAGUCUGCACAGCCGAAAGCGAGGCUAAACCUUGAGCAGAAGCUGUUGGUGCUCAACCUUGUCUCCCGCUUGGUAGGCUUGCACAAGCUUACCUUGAUCCCACUGUACUCUUACUUCUUGAAGUUCUUGACCCCAAGGCAGCCAUCUGUCACGUCCUUUCUGGCCGCGCUGGCGCAAGCGACCCAUACUCUAGUUCCGCCAGAUGUGCUUGAGCCGCUUGUGCAAAAGAUCGCAAACGAAUUUGUGUCCGAAGCUGCAGCAGCCGAAGUGGCAAGCGCGGGCUUGAGUGGCAUUCGCGAGGUCUGCGUACGGCAACCGCUAGCGAUGAAUGAGACGCUGUUGCAGGAUCUGGUACAGUACCGGAAGUCGAAGGACAAAGGCGUGCAGAUGGCUGCGCGCGGAUUGCUGUCCUUGUAUCGCGAUGUUGGAGCUGAGAUGCUGCGAAAGCGAGACAGAGGUCGUGAGGCGGCGUUGAAGCUGCGUAAUCGAGGUAGCAAGGACGGUGGGCUAGAUGCCAGCAGAAGAUUUGGGCAUGUCGAGGACGGCGGUAUUGAAGGCCUCGACUUGCUCGAGAAGUGGAAGGAAGAGCAGGGCCUGGACAUUGACGCGCUUGACGAGGAAGCGGAGGCGAGAGGGUGGGAGAACUGGGACGCAGAGAGCGACGAUAGUGAUAGCAGUGGCGGCUGGAUCAAUGUCGAGUCGGACGGUGAAGACAUCGACAUCUCGGACUCUGAUGAGGAGAUGGCAAAGGCCGCUGGCAAGCUGGGGGAGGCGCCGGCCAACGUGAAAGCCACGGAAGCAGAGAAAGAGAACCUGGACACCAACGGCCAUGCAACGCCGAGCGCAGAUCGAAACACCGCAUCUCUCGAACCUGAGGCAGCCGUCAGGAGGGAAGAACAGCGUAUCUCCAAGCUCGCAACCACACGCAUACUCACCCCAGCCGACCUCGCAAAGCUCCAGGAACUUCGACAGAACGCCGCAAUCAGUGCAGCUCUGCCUUCCGCCAAGCGACGCAAGCUACAAGCCGCGGCGCAACUCGCCGCUCAAGCCCGACACGCUGACGACGCAGUCACCGCGUCCGAUAUCGCAGGUCUCGCUGCUCUGAGCCACAAGGCUACCAAAGCGGAGAAAGUCGCUAUGGCUAAGGGACACCGACCGGACGGCGAUGAGACGGACAAGAACGACCACCGCAGUACCACGGCGAGGCGGAAGGAGAAGAAGGCAAGCGAGGGCAAAAGUACGACGAACAAAGAGAAAGCGCGCAAGAAGAACUUCAUGAUGACGUUAGGCAAGGCGAAGAGGAAGGGGAAGCGGAGUUUGGUGGAGCAUAGGGCGAUCUUGAAGGCGCAUGUGGAUAGAUCGAGGAAGGGUGGGAGGAGGGGAAAUAAGUAGCUUCGUAUCAUGAAGACAUCCCCAUUGCAUGUUGGGCCUUUUCAGACCUUGAAGAUCUUCAACAGUGCGUCUUGCACGAUGCUCAUAUUGUAGUCGAUCAACAUGCGCUUGUCUGCUGAGCUGCCCUUGCCCAUCACGCAGAGUAAGGAGAGGUGGCUGU